UCUUGACGCAUACGCACAGAAGACUGAGGUGUAUUAUUCCGCACUCGAAACAACAUAUCGCUUAUCCACCAUAAGUGGAAGAAGGUGAUGGCCCGUACCACGCGCUCGCGACGAAAAAUGGCGAACACGACUGAUGCUCCCUCGCCUGCGAGCAGCCUUUUGUCGUCCACCACGACGACCCCGUUCACCAGCCCGACAUCGACAACCUACUUCGGCGAGGGCUAUACCUUCAAUUACAGCGGCCUGCCCAGCCUAGGUGGCUACUCAUUGGAGGACUUGAAUUACACGGAGCUCUGGGUGGAUGUAUGGAAUAGCACCGAGGCCAGUAAUGUGACCGAGAGGUUAAAUACCACUGUACUGCCAUCGGGAGGAGGCUACUGCGACGAAUGGGAGGCAGCGCAGCACAAACUCUUCCAGGCGGCGAAUCUGUUCUUCGCGGUGGCGUUCCUGGUGCCGCGAUCAUUCAAGGCCUCUGUUCUCGCACUACGAACGUUUCUCACCGCCGGUUUCAUGCUGGCCGCAUUGUGGGCCGGUAUCACCAUAUGCGCACUGGACGCGAUGCUAUGGUGUUUGGCCCUGGGCCUCCUGAACGGGAUCCACUCGCUGAUACUCGCCUGUCGAUUUCUGCCGCCGGCGCUAAGCCCGGAGCUGGCCGAGCUCUAUCUGAAACUCUUCAAGCCGUACAAGGUCAGCAAGAAGCACUUCCAGGAGCUGGCCAAGGAGGCUAGGAUACUGAAGCUGGACUCUGGUCAGACGUACGCGACGGAAGGCGUGACGUCCGCUGACGAACGGCUGUCGAUACUGUUGCGUGGCAAGUUGAAGGUGACCUGCGACGGGACACACUUGCACUACAUCAAAGCUUAUCAGUUCGUGGACUCGCCGGAAUGGGAGGCGAUGCAGGAGAACAUCGACGACGUCUUCCAAGUGACGAUACGAGCGGAGGAGUCCAGCACUUACAUCUGUUGGACCAGGCUGAAGUUGCUCAGGGUACUCAGGCAUAGGCCGCUACUGAAAAUCGUCCUCAACACCCUCAUCGGUAAGGACAUUACGUCCAAGUUGUACGCCCUUAACGAGCAGCUCGCUGGUGUCGCCGCGGCCAGUGAGACAACCACGUCGAAUCCUUACAGGGGCGUCGCGAGAAGUCUAAGCGUCGACGCUGUAAAUACUGAAACUGCCGGAAGAGUACGAUCGACAACGUGGAAGGCACAGAGGAGGCACAGUAACCCGCGUAGCGACAGGAGUUCGCCGUCCCGGUAUUCGCACCAGUACUGGGCGCCCGUGGUGGCAAAUCACUUCCCGCCAACUUCGCCGUUCACCCCGGGCCAGAACCUCGGGUACUCGUUACUGCCGCAGGGUGUUCAGUUUUCACCACCGCCACGGGCACCCCUCCUGUCGCAUCAGCCGUUGACGCGGCAGCGUAGCGGCGGCACGAGCGGCGAUUACACCCUGCUACCUCAGACACCGAAGCUCGAGAGGAAACGCUCGAAAAAGGGGACGAGAGAGGUGAAUCUAGCGCUGUUUCGCGGCGAUGCUGAUUGA